AUGAGAUUGAGAAGGAGAAAAUCUGGAACUGGGGGUAAAAGUGAUAGCUACUCGAAAGCUGUUGGCACGGAUUCCGGUGGAAUAGAAAGAAUUAGGCCGUCCCGCGCUCCGCCAACGCCGUCGAUUUCGGAAGAAUCUUCCUUCAGGUCUGAAGAUCCAGAUGAUAGACAAUUACUGGAUUACUACCUUCGAAAGCGAAAGUCGGAAUAUUCAUCCCCUUGUGACGUUAAUAUAUUGACCGGCAGCUUCAACGUGAAUGGAAAGGAACCCAAAGAAGCGCUUGAUCAGUGGCUACUCAGGGAGAAAACACCCGAUAUUAUUGUUGUUGGAAUUCAGGAACUCCAACUAGACGCAGACGCCUAUUUCAGCGAAUAUGUCAACGCCAAAGAGUCCGAAAAGUACCAAAAAUGUCAGGAAUGGUGGAAGAGCUCCGUCAAACAAUCCCUCAGAAAGUACGACAUCGAUUUCCAACUGAUUGCAGACGAACGGCUAGUCGGAAUGUACAUAAUGAUCUUUUGCUCGAAGUCGAUUAGACCCGCUAUUUCAAAAGUGUACACUGCCAAUGUUGGCUGUGGACUGAUGGGCACUUUUGGAAACAAGGGAGCGUGUUCGGUUAGCUUGAGGGUGCACGAAACCAGCUUUUGCUUUGUUACUUCUCAUCUGGCUGCGCAUCAGCACGCAGUGAAAAAGCGCAACCAAGACUACGAGUCCGUCCGUCGUCGUACAGAUUUUCCCCAUCGUCUUCCCAUUCUUGACCAUGACCGCGUUUUCUGGCUCGGCGAUCUUAAUUAUCGCCUCGACAUGCCUAACGACGACGUGCGUUACAUCUGCCAGGGCGACGAUAUUUCUCUUCUGCUCCCAGCUGAUCAGUUAAAAGCAGAAAUGGGAGCGGGAAAAAUCUUCAAGGGAUUCUCCGAGGCGCCGAUUACAUUCAAGCCGACCUAUAAAUUCGAUACUGGAACGAAUAAUUAUGACAGUAGUCCGAAGAAUAGAAUACCUGCCUACACUGAUAGAAUUCUAUGGCUGUCGAAAGAACAAGAAGCAGUAGAAUGUCUGUCUUAUUCUUCACAUCCUUCAAUAACCAUUUCUGACCACAAACCAAUCUCCGCCAGUUUCAUUGCCCGAACCGAAAAGAUCAACAAAGAAAUCUACUACUCCGUGUACAAAGAAGUUACCAGUUGGCUAGACAAGCACGAGAAUGAGCUUAUUCCGCAAGUGGCUGUUUCAAGCAAAGCAAUCGACUUUGGAAAGCUGAAAUUUUUGGAACGAGCGACGGCGAAUAUUCAAUUGCAGAAUACGGGAAAGACUCCUGCCCAGUUUCAGAUCAUCGAUUCGAAAGUGUUCUCGCCGGACAAGGACAUCUACGAAGCUUUUAAUUCAAACAUUGGCUUGUCGAUCGAUCCAAAUAAGGGAAUCUUACCGCCAGAUAGUGGAGAUGCCUCAAUUUGUACAAUAACGUUCGAUCUCAACAUCAAUAAAGAAGUCGUCUCAAAGUUCAACUUUGGUGUGAAGCAAGGGGACAAGUUCGUGAAUCCCCUCGACGAUCUCAUUCUCAUCCUCAAGUUGAAAAACGGCCCUGAUCAUUACAUAACUCUUUCCGGAAACUGGACAUACUCGGCGUUUGGAAUGCCAUUCAUUGCUCUUACACAUUCAUUCUUCAAAGACGUUUCUAUUUCAUCACUAGAAUAUCCGGCGACUUCUCUAGUUCUCAAUCAAUUAGUAAAAGCAGAAAAGAACUCUUCAAACGAUUCUUCAAUGAGGGAGCAGAAUUUCCACCCACCUGCUUUCUACGUCUUACUGAAUCACAUCGUUAACCACGGAUUUACAGAAAAGCAGCUGUUCCAAAUCAAUGGAGAUCCUGAUGAAGUCAGGGCGAUCAUUGACACACUCGACGGUGAACAAGUUGUUGGCGAUAUCGAGGCACUUCCAGGUUCAGUUGCUUCCGUGGCAGAAGUAUUGUUGCUCUUCCUCAAUUCGAAUCCCUUCCCAAUCAUCCCUUUUUCGCACUUUGAACUUUGCCUCGACAUCGUGGACGACCUGAGGCUCUGUAAAAAUCUCGUUGAAAAGCUCGACCUCAGGUCGCAAAACAACUUUCAAUAUCUAAUAAUGUUCCUGAAAGAAGUUCUCAAACAUGGUAGCAUCAAUGGAUGUACUAGUGAAUUCCUAGCAGGACUAUUUGCUGGAUGCAUUUUACGCCCUGAAAUUCCUCUUCAUAAUCGCGAAAAAGCAGAUUUGGAAAGAAGAAAAAGCGUCCAAUUUGUGAGCCAGUUUCUAAACACAGCUAGUUUUGAUCCGACCUAUUAUGACGUCUAUUCUGAUGAAAAAGAAGAACCGGAGAAGACAUUAGAUCUAGCAAGUGUCCUUGACUUAUUUGCCGCUGAUGCCAGCUCUGACUCAAGCUCUGCUAGCCAAAGUUCCUCAGUGUCUAGCCUUAAUGACGACGAUUUUAUGCAGCUCGAUGUGUACGAGGACGAUAACAUCUAUCUUGAAGAAGUCGAGGAAGUGCUUGAAGAGUAUGAGGAGCCAGAGGAAAACGAUCAAGGAUCACUUCUUGACUCUCUUGGAGCUCGAUACUUUGCGCCAAUCACUGCUGCUACCUCUACAGUUGCUUCCACUGUUAUUGCUACGACAACGUCAACAACUUACACUUCUAACUGGAAAUGCUGGCAUUGCGACGAAUCAAGCUUGACAGACUGCUUCAACAAUGGAAUGGAGAAGGAAUGUCAUACAGGGAAGGUGAAAGAAACGUUCUAUUUUUCCCUCGAAAAACUUUCUCUUCACCGGAUCUUAGGCGAUUACGGCAGCUGUAUGACGGAGGUAACCGAGGAAAAUGGACAGAUGAGAAAUAUAUGUAUGGGGUGUAAACAGGCGGAUGCCUGCCAGCGGGCUAAAAUGGAAAACUUCUGGGAUUAUCUGAACGAUCCUGUUGUCGCCGCUGCGCGUGACGCAUCUCCUGUGUAUGAUGCUUUCACCAAAUGCAAGCCAGAAACUAAAUAUAACAGGAACCAACGAUCUUACUGUAGACAAUGCUGCUACACGUCCAACUGCUUCAGCACUGCUGGGUACACGGAUAAGACUGGAACUGUCACCCCUUGGGCAACUGUCAUUCAAUGGGGCCGUACCGAAUGGAGAGCUGAUCUUAACCUGUAG